GUCGACUGUAAACGACUGAUUGACAGUACGAUCAGUGCAUUCAAACGGUUGGAUAUUUUGGUGAAUAACGCGGGAAAAGCGAUUUUUACUCCUAUCACUGAUCCGUCUGUUCUCGACAAAUACGGAGAAGUGAUGGACACAAACCUCCGUUCAGUCGUUUAUUUAACACAUCUAUCGGUCAAACACUUGGAGAAAACUAAAGGCAAUAUAAUUAAUAUAUCAAGUAUUAUGGGACUUAAACCAUUAAACACAGGCUUUCUCUACUGCAUGUCAAAGUGUGCACUCGAUAUGUUCACCAAAUGUCUGGCCCUAGAGUUGGGCCCAAAAGGCAUUCGAGUUAAUGCUAUCAAUCCGGGUGCCGUUAGGACUAACUUCCUUCAGGUGGUGGGCUAUACCAAAGAGCAAUCGGACGGCUUUUAUAAUGAAAGGGGUGGCCAAUACCCGGUCGGACGGGUCGGUGAGUCCAUAGACAUCGCGAACGCCAUACUCUUCUUGGCCUCAGACGAGGCCUCGUUUGUGACGGGCAUUAACUUUGUGUCCGAUGGCGGGGCUCUUCACGCGCCCUCAUAAUUGGUUAUACACUUUAUAUC